AAUUAAAUAAUUUUGCAUAAAGUACUAUUUUCUAAAGCAAACGAAAUACUGCAAAUUACGAAUUACUUUGAAAGAAAAUAAUUUUUUGAAAUAUAAAAUAAACAAAAAAAAAAGAAAUAAAUAAACACGUAAAAAGAAAAAUUAUUGUCAAAAUGAUAAAGAUACAUAAAAACGGAUGCCAGAUUUAAAACUACAAAGUCAAUACUUUACAUGCAAAGACACAUUAUCUACGAUCAGUGAGAUAUUUGAGAUUCCCCGAGUUGUGUAAUUUUUUUUAUCUCCUGAACAUUAUUUCUCAAAUAGUGCUUCUUGAAUUGUGUUUUUUUUUUCAAUUAACUGUAAAAUUCAAAAAAUUAGAAACUCGUGAACUUUACUCCCGUAAUUAUUGUAAGUUUUUUGAAAGAGAAGAAAAUCAAGAAGUAAAUUUAAAUUUAACUUUAAUUAAAGUUCGACAAUGUCAGGAAUAGAGAAUGAAAUUAAGAAAGAAAAUGACAGUGAUCGGAUAAUUUUGAAACAAGUAAAAUCAUGGCUGAUAACAUCGAAUUUGGUUCUAAUUAUUUCUUCAAUUAUCGUAAUAUUAGUGUCACUUACAACUAUUGUAAUUACUGUUAUCUUAUUAGCGGCACUAAAUAAUAAUACUCCAAAUAUUCCUCAAAUUCCUGAUUUAUCAACUGACUCUGCUUAUUGGACUAAUCGUGUUAAAAUAAUUUCACGUCAUGAAUGGCUAGCAAGUCCUCCAGCGAUACCUCUAGAUAAAUUAAUUCCACCUGUAAAAUAUGUGAUUAUUAGUCAUUCGGCUAUGAAUUAUUGUCAUGAUCAAGCUCAAUGUGUACAUCAAAUAUUUAAAAAAUUAAUUACUUCCGCCAUGAGAGGCAGCACUUCCCAACGUUUAAAAAUGGCGGAAACUCUUUGCACUAUUUAAAUUUUGCAAAAAAUUUUAAAUUACAUAUUUUUUUUCUAAUUAUUAUAAUUAAAUAAUUUUUCAUAAAAUACUGUUUUUUUAAGCAAAUUAUAUUACUUUUAAUAUUGCAAAUUACGAAUUACUUUUAAGGAAAAUAAUUUUUUGAAAUAGGAUAAAAUAAAUAAAUAAACACGUAAAAUGUGAAAUUAUUGUCGAAAUGAUAACGAUACACUAAAUCGGAUACCAGAUUUAAAACUAAAAAGUCAAUACUUCACAAAAACACAUUAUCUACGAUCAGUGAGAUAUUUUCUCGAGUUGUGCAAUUUUUUUUUUAUCUCCAGAACAUUAUUUCUCAAAUAGUGCUUCUUGUAAUCUGUUUUUUUUUCAAUUAACUGUAAAAUUCCAAAUAGUAGAAUCUUGUGAACUUUAUUCCUGCAAUUAUUGUAAUAAGUUUUUUUAAAUGAGAAGAAAAUCAGGUAGUAAAUUUAAAUUUAAUUAAAGUUCGACAAUGGCAGCAAUAGAGAAUGGAAUUAAGAAAGAAAAUGACAACGAUCGGAUAAUUUUGAAACAAG